GGCUGUGCAGCGCCGAGAGCUUCGAGCGACUGCACGCAAAAAGCGAGCGAGAGAAAGGGAAAGCUCGAGCCCGGGAGAAAGAAGAAAGGGAGGCGCAGAGCUGUGCCAGUGCCCGCGGCUCCUCGGCCCCGCGCCCUCCGGCCGGCCUAGGCUCGGCUCGUUUCUUUAACUGCGGAGGACAUGAUAUAAUCUCCAUAGCGUUAAAGAAUGGCAUCUGCGUCUAUGCCUCCUACCAAAGAUGAACAGCUUUCCUCUGGCAUCGAUGAUCUCCAUUUUUCACUACAAGCUGAACAAGAACAUACGCAGAAGAAAACGUUUACCUGCUGGAUAAAUUCACAGUUGGCAAAGCAUAUCCCUCCCUCAGUCAUAACAGAUCUCUUCACAGAUAUUAAAAAAGGACAUGUUCUCCUGGAUCUGUUGGAAGUACUUUCAGGCCAACAAUUGGCUCGGGAGAAAGGAUCUAACACCUUUCAGUGCAGAAGCAACAUAGAACAUGCCUUGACAUUUCUGAAGAAACAAUCAAUCAAGCUCAUAAAUAUUCAUGUAACUGAUAUUGUAGAAGGAAAUCCAUCUAUUAUUCUUGGUCUGAUUUGGACUAUUAUAUUACACUUUCACAUUGAAGAACUGGCUUGGAUUCUUUCUUGUAAUUAUAAUAAACCUUCUUUGGAUUGUGUGAGUGUUGUGGACUUAUCUCAAACUUCAGGGCCUCCACCUAAGAAACGGUCUAAAGCACAGGCUAGAUGGAAGAUGUCUGCAAAGAAGGCCCUUCUUUUAUGGGCCCAGGAACAAUGUGCCAUGCAUGGAUCUGUAAAUGUUACAGAUUUUAAAUCAAGCUGGAGAAAUGGGAUGGCUUUUUUAGCUGUCAUUCAUGCUUUGAGACCAGACCUAAUUGAUAUGAACAGUGUAAAGGCUAGAUCCAGCAGAGACAAUCUAAAAGAGGCAUUCAGGAUUGCAGAACGUGAACUAAACAUCCCCAGUCUAUUGGAUCCAGAAGAUGUUGAUGUUAUCAACCCAGAUGAAAAAUCAAUCAUGACAUAUGUGGCCCAAUUUCUUCAGUAUUCCAAAGAUUUGCCUGUGGCUGGAGAUGAAGUUCAGGAAAAGGUGAAAGAUGCCACAGUCUGGUUGAUUUCACGAGAAGAAAAGUUGCAUGAAUUACAGAGGGGGUCAGAAAAGGAGACAUACUUUAAAAAAUCUGAAGGCAUGCAGGCUUUUUUGGAGUCAUUCAAUGAAGAAAAAAAAGCCUUUUUGGAUGUGUUGGCGAUAAAAAGGAAUGUGGCUGGACUGGCCGAUGACCAAUCUCGAUUACGACAAGCAUGGGAUAAGCUCACUACCCAGAUUAAUGAAUGGAGUGCUAAGCUGGAUCAAAUCCUGCCCCCACCCCUGGAUAACAUUGAAGUCUGGCUCCAAGAAAUCGAACAUCUUAUGGCAGAGGAUUUACCAGAUUCCCAGGAUUACAGUCAAGCCAUGAUUCUAAUCAAAGAAAGAAUCAAUUUGUUUAAGAGUCUGAUGGAUGAUUUUGAUUGUCACUUGAACAGCCUCUUGACAUUUGAGAAUAGAGAUGAGCAACACAUGCCCAUGGUCCCACCUGAUAAACUGGACAAAAUGAAAAGAAGAUUCCACAAUAUUAUGGGGACCAACUUCACCGCACUUUUAGAAUUUCACUACUACUUGUGCUCAGUCCUCGGUUUAAUAGAGGAAGUGAAAUCAAAAUUGAAUCUCUGGAAUAUCAAAUAUGGGACCCAGGAAUCUGUAGAACUAUUAUUGGGAGAUUGGCAUAAAUUUGUUGAAGAAAAGGAGUUCCUAACUCAGCUUGAAAGUUCUUUUCAAAAAUGUGAAAUAAUGAUCAAGAAUUUAGCUGGAGAUCCUCAGAACAUUAGCAAGCAGUUUAAGAUGGUGGAAUCUCAGAUCUCUAUAUGUAGAAAAUGUAUGUACAAUAUAAAAUCCACCCUGCAAAAAGUUUUGUCAUCUUGGGCUACAUAUACAGAAAACCUUAAUUCCCUCAAGACUUGGUUGGAGAAUCGAGGAAAGAACACCCAAAACAGUAAUCUCAUUCCUUUUGAGACACUAGCAAGUUGGAAUUCAGUACUUAGUACUGUAAAUGAGGUUGGAAAGUUUUUAAUUGAUGUCAGUAAUCAACAAGUUGGAUUGUCUAUUAAUAAGGAACUGAAAAGACUUAAUAAAAGAUGGUCAAAAUUCAUAAAGAAAACUCAGUUUGAGAUGAAACUGCAUUUUAUCCAAGAACAGGAACAAUCCAGUCUUGAUAGCAUGGGAAAUACUGAGCUACCUUUGGAAGAAAACUUAACUUCCUGUGGUGGUUCAACAGAUAUUUCAACUGAAGCACUUAGGAAGCACAUUCAGCAUUUAAAGACUGGAAAAGAAAAUGAGGCUUUAAUUAAAGAGUUCACAGAGCUCCUACAAGUGCUUGAAGAGAUGGAAGAAUUCAUCGAUCAAGUGGCAACCUGGGAAACAGAAAUCAGACCUGUUCUGGAUUUUAUCAAACAACAAGGUUAUGUGGAAGCUUCCAUGGAAGAAUCUUUGCAGAACCUGAUUGCCCGAGGAUCUAUGUACCAAGAACAUGUGACUAGGAAAGAAAAUGCAUUACAAAUAACAGCACAAAAUAUUUCAAGCAAUGUACUCCUCCAGCAUUUCCAUACAUCUGGGCUCCAGACACAGAUCAAAGAAGCAAAAGACACAGUUAAGAAUAACAUGGCAGAGCUAGAUGCUGUCUUACAGGCCUCAUAUGAGAGUUCCCUAGAAAUGGAUGUUAGGGCCAAGUUUGAAAAGUCACAAAAGGAACUUGAGUCAGAUAUUACAAAGGCUCAGGAACUUCUUGGACAAAAAGGGAGCCUUGGUGACUUGGUUUCACAAAAGAAGGAUAUUCUAGCCAUUUUAAGCAGUAAAAGCUUGGACAAAUUUUUGAAAGCUACUGAACAACUGAAAAAUAUUGUGUCUACUGAUGAAAAACUAUCCUUAGAAGAAAUGAGCAGAGAGCUCUCUAAAGAGUGGGAGGAUCUUCAUCAAGAAAUAUGUUCAUAUAUUCAUCGAAUAAAAAUUGAAAUUGAAAAAAAGCUUACUGAAAACAUAUCAAAACUUGAAAAGCAACUAAAUAAAGAGAAAAAAUUACUCAGUAAAGGGAAGACCAAGGGACUCAUUGAGGAACAUGAGGCUUGCUUUUCUGAUGAAGGGAUCCUGUGUCAGCUUGAUCACCACAUGGAAGCCCUGAGGGAGCUGAGUGAAGAGCUGACUUCAGAGGAAAGUCGACAAGAAAUAAGGAAAACAAUUAUAGAAUAUGGACAGAGACAAAAUGGAAUUAAGAAUACUGCUUCUGAGAUUUAUAUGAUGCUCCAGGCCCUUAUUGAAAACACUCAGAUGUCUGAAAAAAAGAAGCCCCUAAGUGCAUCUGAGAAUGGUGGAAGGGAUGCUGGGAAGGUGGUACAGCCUUCCAAACCCGAUGAUGCAACGUUACCUGAAGAGGCUUCUGGAUCUGCUAGCUUUGACUUAGAAUAUUUCAGCAUACUAAAGCAUCAUGAAGAUGAAAGGCAUGUAGAGAAAGAUGGUGAUGCGCCUUUUAAGAAGUUAUUGGAAAGAUAUGAUGCACAGAGAGAUAAUCUAGAGAUGCAGUUACAAAUCAACAAAAUCAGAGUUCUUUCUGAUUUUCCUAGUGAAAAGGAAAGGAGUAUCUCUUGCUUACAAGAUAAAUUGACAGAUCUACAGGUUUUAAAAAAUGAAACCGGUUCUUGCUGGACAGAGUUUGAAAUGACUUCAUCGAAGUUAGAAAAUAUAGUGGGGGACCUAGAAAGGUCUGUUCUUUCUCGAACGAGGGAUAAAUUAAAGAAAGAAGAGGGAGAGCUUCAAGUGACUCUAAGCAACAGGAUGAAAUCCUUAGACGCUGCAUUGAGGAUCGUUUUGCCAAUAGAAAGGGAAGCUGCUCUCCUUGGUGACUCAGAACAACUCCUUCAUAUGAUGGAAAUACAAGAAUUUAAUCUAGUUGGUAGUGAUGAUGCUUACCGAAAUCUUAAGGAUAUCCAGAGUAGUGUAGCAAAACAAAUUGAAUUAUGUAGUAACUUGGAACAUCCAGGCAGUGAUGCAUUAUGUGAAUUUAACCCAAUGGAUCUUCAUGCAAUUCAGAACAUUAUAGUAAAAUAUAAAACACAAUUUGAAGAAAUGAACCACAAAAUGCAGAACACUGAAAUAGCCAUCAAAGCUCUUGAGGACUUUUUGGCCUCCCUGAGAAAAGCUAAACUUUCUAUUCAGCCUGCAACAGAUUUUUCAAUAUCAGAUAUACCUGUGGUGCAAGACAGAACCUGGACGAUGGAAGAUGUGCAGAAAAAAAUUCCACUGAUAAAAGAUGAGGCCAGAUGUUUGGAUCAGCGUAUGAAAAUGCUUGAUAUAAGCUUAAAAAAUGCUGAACGGGGUGAAGAUACUUGCUGUGAAAAACUCAUUGAAGUUUUCUUAAAAAUGAUAGAUGAGACACAUGGCCAUAAUGAACCUGAAGAUUUCACUAGACAAGACCAAUUACUAGAGGUUUUUAUUGCAAAAAAUAAUGAGAUCCUUAAAAACAUUACAUAUGUUCAAGACCAGAUCAAUAAAAUUGGCCUCAAAGAUCCAACAAUUCCAGCAGUGAAACAGAGGAUAAAAUCAUUAACCAAACUGGAGAAGGAUCUGGAUUACUAUGCUGGGGAGAUAGACUACCUCAGAAAAAUGGCCAGUUCUCUUCCACAGUUGAAAGAUGGAAAAGGAAAAAUCCCAAGUCAACAAUGCCAAGAGACAGCAUGUUUAUGGGAAGAUGUGAAAUACUCUGUUGAAGAAUGCCUUGAGCAAUGCCAAAGAACAAUGGAUCUCCUGAAGCAAUAUCAGAAUUGCAAAAGUAUUCUGACCUCUUUGAUCCACAAAGAAGAGAAUGUGAUCUCACUGCAGGCUUCUUACAUGGGAAAGGAAAAUCUGAAGAGGAGAAUAGCAAAGAUUGAAACUGUCAGAGAGGAAUUUAAUAAACAUUCAGAAGAUGUAGAAAAAAUAAAUCAGAUCUGCAAAAAUUUGCAAUUCCAGCUAAACAAAAUGAUAACCUUUGCGGAACCCCCCUUUGAGAAAGAGGCUAAUAUUAUUGUGGACAGAUGGCUUGAUAUAAAUGAAAAGACAGAAAACUAUUAUGAUAAUCUGGUCAGGGCUCUAGCCUUGUGGGAAAAACUUCUUAAUUUGACAAAUAUAAUUGAUGAAUGGAUUCAAAAAGUGCUUAUAAAAGUUGAAGGCCAUCAGCUGAAUGACACAGAAAGAACACGGUUGCAGGAAGAGCUAAAAAUCCAAGAGCAAAACAGUGCCAAAUUUGAUGUAAGGUUAGGUGAAAUACAAAAUUUUCUUCAAAUCAGUGAACCACCACUUGAGUUACAGGUCAUCAAGUCAUCUCUUUUGAACAGAAUAGAAAAAAUAAAAAUGCAUUUAAUGGACAAAUCCAACCUGAGUAAACUCAAUGGCAGUACAGCUGAGCUAAAAGAGGACCUUGACCAGGCCAAGACGCAGAUUGGAAUGACUGAAUCUCUCUUAAAAGCCUUGUCUCCUUCUGACAGUUUAGAGAUCUUUACAAAAUUGGAGGAGAUACAGCAGCAAAUUCUCCAGCAAAAGCAUAAUAUGACACUUCUUGAGACUCAGAUAGGUUGUCUGACUCCUGAACUCUCUGAACUGAAGAAGCAGUAUGAAAGCAUCAAUGAUUUGUUUAGUACUAAGAAACGUACUUGGCAAGAUCACUUUUCCAAUCUAUUGAAUGAUCAGUGCAAAAAUUUUGACGAUGAGUUCAACAAUAUUCAGUUGUCCCUUAAGGAGUGUUUUGAACCACCAGAAACUAAAGAGAGUGUGGAAGAAAAACUCCAGAAACUUAAUGAUUUCCUAACCUUUGAGGGAAGAAGCAAGGACAUACAACAAGUAGAAACUGCACUGAAUAAUGUAAAAAGGCAUCUGCCCAAGGCAAGUGUUGAACAACUGAAUAACUGGAUCAUGACUCAGGAAUUGGAACUGCAGAAAAUGAAGUUCACAUGUCAGACACAAGCCAACGGACUUCAUGAUUGCUUGCAACAGUUACUUAGGCUUCAGGAUGACUAUAUAAGCUUGAAUAAAUGGCUAAUGAAUCAAGAAGAAAAAUGGAAAGAGACUGGAGUAGAAAACAAGCAUAAUUUUUUCUUCCAAGCAUUAACUAGAAAAAGGCAACUAUUUGAAUCUUUUGCUCAGUUGAACAACUCAUUGAAGAAAUUUGGACUUAUUAGAGAAGAAAUAGUGAUAGAGUCAACUCAUUUGAUUGAGGAAUAUGAGACAUUUUUAACACAAGUAUGUGAAGUAGGAAAUCAUCAGUCACCUCCUCCUGAAGACCAGAGCUUUGAAGAUCUUGUACAUGAUGUAUUUGCUUGGAUAAUGGGGAUUAAAGAGUCACUCAUGGUUUUGAAUUCAACUGAAGGCAAAAUGCCCCUUGAAGAAAGGAUCCAAAAAAUAAAGGAAAUCAUUUUACUUAAACCUGAAGGGGAUGUGAAAAUACAAAAUAUCAUGAGUUUGGGUGAGAAAAGCAAGGCAUCUCUGGUUCAGGAUACUCUCUCUGAUAUCAAGAAUCAGUGGGACCACACUAUCCAUUUAGCCAACACAUAUCUGAGCCAUCAGGAAAAGAUUCAGCUUGAAGGAGAAAAGUAUUUACAAAGCAAAGAUGACUUAAGACUAAUGCUUACUGAAUUAAAGAAGAAACAAGAAUCAAGUUUUGCUUUGCAGAAUGGUUUGCAAGAAAAGAAAGCUCAGUUGAAAAUAUAUAAGAAAUUUCUUCAGAAAGCGGAAGACUUGACAUCCUUGCUUAAUGAGUUAAAAACUCAAGGAAAUUACCUACUGGAGUGCACUAAGAACUCCAAAUUCAGCGAAGAAAAAUGGCUAGAAGUCAAGCAGCUCCAUGAAAGCCUCCUUCACCAAUUACAGGAUUCAGUGAGUAAAUUGGAAGGUCACGUUCAAGAACACCAGCUGUAUCAGGAUUUGGUUGCAGACUUAACUACCACGUUGGAAAGUUUCUCUCAGCAAUUCCUCAGUUUUCCUGAUGACCUAGUAGAUGAAAAGGUAGCUGAGCAAAAGGUGUUAAAAUUACAGGAAUUAGAAGCCCUCCUUAAUCUAAAGGGUGACACAUUAGAAAAGAUUUUAGCUUUAGCUGAAUCCAUCAAGCAGAAUUCCUCUUCGGUGGGACAGAAGAUUAUUAAAGAUGAAACAGAUUCACUUAAAUCUAAACACAAGGAUUUGGAGAAUAGACUUGUAUCUGUUAAGCAGGAGACUGAGAACAGUUUUAACAACAUCCUCAAAGCAAGAUCUGAAAUGAAGAAGAAAGAAAAAAUAGCCAUGGAAAAAAGAGAGGAGCAGGUCUCUUGUGGUACUCAAGAUUCCAUUCAGGGGUCUGUCACAGUGGAAAAGUUGGAGGAAAGAUGGGAAGUCAGCAAGGUUAAGGAAUUAAAUGGAAAGGACACAGAUAAACAACAGCCCAAGAAACUUCCGAUGAAAGAUAGCCUGUUAUUGGCAGACUGCCUCCCACAGCCCCCCACCCAGGGGGAGAAUGGAGAAAGUCCAACUGUUCAGGCUGAAAUGGCAUCAGAACAAGAACACGUGGAAACCAUGGACACUGAAGAUCAUACUAUUGAACCUAUUACCUUUGAGAAAAAUUCAGUGCCUGAGAGCACAGAAAUGCUCAUCAGAGAAGAGUUUGCUGGGGUACUUGUAGCUCACAAAAGUCAGCAAGAAUCUGCAGCAGAUAAUUUGAAGAAUGACCAGAUGGACAAUCAAAUCUCAAUCAUUCCAAAUGUUGUCCAAGAAAAACUAAUGACAGACCAAGCGUCUUUGGAAGACCUGGAGACAAAGGAGCCACUAAAAACUGAAGACCAAGUGGCAUCCUUGGAAAAAUCCAUGGACAUAAAUGAUCAGACCUACAGGAGAAUUAUACAAGACUUCCAACUGUGGUUGAGUAGCAAGGAACAACUCCUGGGCUUUAUGCUAGAAGAACAAGGAGAACCAGUUACUGGAAAAACACUUUCGAUUUUUGAGAAUUCAGGUAUAGAAGUGCUUUUGUCAAAACAACUUUUUCCUGAAGCUCAAGAAAGCAUGAAAAACAUUGAAGAUGAGCAGAGAGUCAAUGAGCUGCAAAAUCAACCUUUAGAAUUGGAUAUUAUUUCAGCAAAUGAACAAUUAAAGGAGAUAGAGGUGUUGUAUGGGCAAUUGCAAGCAAAGAAAACCAACACUGGAUCUCGGGAGUCCAUCAUAUUGCCCAGUAACACAGAAAUCAGCACUCUGGAUGUCCAAAAUGUACAACAUUCAGUAGACCAGUUGGACAGACUGCUUCAGGCACUGGUUACCUUGAAGGAGGUUAAGGAAAGACAAUACUGUCUUAUCAAAGAUUUCCAGGAACACCUCUUGUCUGUCAAAUCAUCAAUGAAAGCAUUAUCAAUGGAAAAAGAAAGCACAAAAGUUGCCUCUCUGGAGAGCAUACAACAUCUGAAGAAAUUAGAAAAAUGCUUGGAGUCAGUACAUAAAGAAAAAGAUUCCUUAAACAAAUUUAAAGAGGAACAGGCAAACUUAUUGAGUCAGCUAAGUGACAUGGACAAGAAGUUAGCAGAAAGCCAAGUUAAGCAACUUGAGCUUUGUUGGGAACAGGUGGAACAGUGGAUUCAAAAGAAAUAUUCUCAACAAGGCGCUGAAUGGGAUGAACUUCAGUGCCUGAUGGGGAAGAUCCGGGACAUGGAGAAUUCACUGCAAGAGCAGCAGCAGCAGCAAAAGUUGAACUCUCCAUCAGAGCAAGGGGAAAAUAAAGGCCCAGUGUCCUUAGCCACAAAGCUUCAGGUCACUAAGGAUAACUUUUCACUUUUAAAAGGGAGAGCCGAGCAUCAGAUGAAAAGAAUUUGGGGAAAGAAAGAAAAGAAGACAUUGGAAAAUGCAAUAAAUAAUUUACAAGAGCAGCUAGAAGCACUGGAGCUAUCAACAGAAGAAAAGGACAGUCAGUUGAAAAGUUGCCCGACCAUGAAAAAGAUUCAAGAAGCUGUUCUGUGGGUUAAUAAUUUAUUAGUUGGCCUGGAGCAGACUGCUGCUCUCCUUCCAGAUAAUAUUGUGUCACAGAUCAGAAAACACAAGUCUGUGCACGAUGUGGUUCUGGAUAAGCAGCCAAUUAUAGAGUCUUUGGUUGAGGAAACUAAAGUUAUCAUUCCUGAUCUGAACCAAUGUGAAGCUACUGACUUAAAUACUUUUUCACAGGAAUUGCAAAGCUUGAACCAGGCACUUGUUUCAAAAUGCACUGAAAUGUCUCAGCAAUUAGAGUCCAAACUGGAAGAGAGAAAGGCAUUUUUUGAGAAAAUGGGAAAAGUGCAGCAUUCUCUCCAAGGAAAGGAAGUAUUGAUUGCCCCUGAGACCAAAACAACCUUCUCAAAGGAGGACCUGGACCAUCAGCUUGUUACUUUGAAAGAUUCUCAAAAGGAACUACAGAUGACCGAGGGGGUCAUCUCAACCUAUCUCCAGGAGGCCACAGACUUCUCUAAGUGCUUAAAUGUAUUUGAACGAGUAUUUCUUGAUGAUCAGUUAAGAAACCUUAAGAAUAAAGCCAGGAGGAUACAAAGAUUAGUUCGGAAUAAAUGUCAUGAAGUCAGAAAAAAACUAGAUGUCGACACUGAACUCUUAGAAAAAACAAAUACGUUACAACAAGAGUUAGACGAGAUACAUAAUCAUGAACUUCUACUGAAUGGGGAAGUGAAUCAGGGAACUAAAGAAGAAAUCUGUGAGCUCAAAGAAAGAACCUCUCUUCUUCAGUCCAAUGUUUUGCAAUUAAUGAAACACAAAGAAAUAUGUGAAUGCCUUGGACUCAACUGGGACAGUUCACAACUUGACAAAGUACAGGCAGAGUUACUUAAAAUAAAAACAGAACUUCAGGAAAAGGCCGAACAAUUAGAGAGAGUUGUUGCAGAAAAUGAAAGACUUCAGACCUCACUAAAUGAACUGAAAAUGAUAACUUUGCAAAUUAAGAAAGAAACUGCUGAAAUAGUAAAUGACCCCAAUUUUCCUCCAGAAAGUAGUCUACUUAGUGCCCAGAUUUUGAGUCAAAGGGUUGAAAAAGCUACACAUUUGUGCCAAGAGACAAUAGAUCUCUUAAAUGCCAAUGAAACCUUUAAGGAAUCUUUCAAACAAAAGAUACCACAAAUAAAACUCCUUGCAGAAGAAAAUGACAAGCUGCACAAAUCUCUUCGAAAUGUGGUUGAAAAUUUCCAACCCCGAUCUGUCAGUGGAAAGGAUUUCAAAGACCAAUUGGAACACGCGUUGCAUAUUCUAACACAGGCUAAUUUUCAGUUGCAACAGCCAUUACAGGUGGAGUUGGAAAUAAAACAUAUUCAAGAAGAAAAGGAUAAUUGUGAAGUUCUUCAACAAAGAGUUAUGGCUGAGCUUUGUCAUAUCAAAGCUAUAACCAUCAAAGAAUAUCCAAGGCAAGAAGAUAACCCUCAUGAAACCAGGGAUUUGGAAACAAAGCUGAAUGAAUUUGAAGAUCUUCAAAAGCAAUUUAAUGCAGGCAUUGCUUUACGCAAGAAUAUCCUUGAUGAAGCCUUGAAGGACAUGAAACAUUACAAUGAAGCAGUCACAAGAGCAGUUGGGAUCAUUAAUUCCUUUGAAGCCACUGUUGAUUCACGUAAAAUAGAUCUUGAUAAUCUAGGGAAAUUUCAACAGUUGACUGACGGGAAACAAGAGGAAUUUGAGGCCUUGGUAGUGGACCUAAAGAAUCUUACCUCAAAGCUGGAGAACAUAACCAGUCCCAAAGCCAGAGUGCAGCUUGAGAAUGUAUUGCGUGAACUUAUCAAGACUAACUCCUUGGUCAAGGAAUCAACUGAAACAAAGAAAGCUGACUUAGAGAGGGGCCUAAAGAGCUUUGAAAGCUACAAUAAUAUCAAACAAAAAAUUUGUGCCAACUUGAACAAAGUGGAAAAGGGACUUCAGCAAUCCAUUUCUCAAAAGCCAACGUCUUACAGAGAAGCUUUGGAACGCUUGGAACAGAGCAAGAAUUUUGUAGCACAUCUUGUUUCAACUCAGGAAGAACUAAUGAAGCUACGACAAGACUUCAGAUGUUUGAGACUUAUGUGUACAGAAAAUGACAGCAUAUGUCUGCUCAAAAUUGUGUCAGCCCUGUGGGAGAGAUGGCUGACUUUGCUUGAGAAUGCUAAAGAAUGGGAAUUGUACUGUGAAGAGCUGAAACAAGAGUGGAAAUUUAUCAGUGAAGAACUUGAACGGGAAGCAAUUAUUUUAGACAAUCUCCAAGAAGAAUUCCCUGAGAGUACCAAACCAAAGGAAGCAGCCACCAAUGAGGAACUUUCUGACGCUCUAGAAUGUUUCUGCCAAUACGAAGAGAACCUGGAGAGGCAACAAUUGCUAUUUACUUUACUUCUUCACCGGAUAAAAAAUAUCCUGAGUGUUCCUGAAAGUGUAGAGACAAUUGAAUCUGUUCCAGUAUUGCAAGAGAUUCGUUCCAUGCAAGAUCGAUGUACCAAGCUCUCUCGGAAAGCUCAAGCAAAUAAAAAGUUGGUACAGUUUGAAAUUGAAGAGAGAAAUAAUAUCAGUAAAGAAAUAAUUACUUUGAAGAAUUCAUUUGAAAAAAUGAUAGCCUCUUUCCAUGAUAUGGCAUUAGAAGAAGACCCAGGAAAGGAAGAUCAGUUGGAGGCUCUUCAGAGAAUAAUUGACAAAGAGAAACUUGCACUUGAGAAUAUUAUGGAAAAACUCCGAAUCAAGUAUUCUGAGAUGUAUACCAUAGUUCCUGCAGAGAUUGAGUGCCAGAUGGAAGAAUGCAAAAAAACUUUAGAAGACAUAGAUGAGAAGAUUAGAAAUGAAGUCUUGAAGAGUUCACCUUUUUAUGUGAUGAGUAGAAAAAUAGAAGAAAUUAAUCAUGGGCUUCAGAAUGUUGAAAAGAUGUUACAACAGAAAAGCAAAAAUAUUGAGGAAGCUCAAGAAAUUCAAAAGAAAAUGUGGGAUGAACUAGACCUCUGGCAUUCCAAACUAAAUGAACUAGAUUCUGAAGUCCAGGAUAGUGAACAGGACCCAGGACAAGCCCAAGAAUGGAUGGAUAACUUAAUGGUUCCCUUUCAACAGUACCAGCAGGUGUCACAGAGGGCAGAGCAAAGAACUUCACAAUUAAAUAAGGCCACGCUUAAGAUGGAGGAAUACAAUGACCUCUUAAGGAAUACUGAGACUUGGAUAGAAAAUACUAGCAGUUUGCUAGAUGACCCUACUGACUACAGUUCUUCAAAGGCCCUGAGUCACCAUGCUAAUACCCUUCAGAUGGCUUUGGAAGACGCAGAGCAAAAACAAAAUCUUCUCCAUUCAGUUUAUUCUGACCUGGAAGAAUUUUCAGUGAUCUUUGAAACAGACGACUUAGCACCAAUUCAGUUAAACCAACUGAGUGCUAGAGUCACAACUCUACAGCAAAAGCUAAUGGCAAGUCUUCCACAAAUCCAGGACAUGGCUGAUGAGGUGGUUGCUAUUGAAACCGAAGUAAAAUCAAUAGAGAAGAAAGUUUCAAAAAUCAAAGCUAUCCUGUUUUCCAAAGAAAUAUUUGAUUUUUCUCCUGAGGAACAUCUUAAGCAUGGAGAGGUCAUACUUGAAAACAUAAAGCCCAUGAAGAAGGCCAUUGCCAAGAUUGAAUCUUACCAAGUGGUCCUGAGUUUGCCUGAAAAAGGAAUGAAAUCUUUGCCAGUAUUUGAAAGGACAAGUCAGCUUUCACAAGAGGUGAAAAUGUUAGAAAAGGUGACCUAUGAACAAAAUGAACUAUUGAAGCUUGUCAUGAAACAGACUAGUGAAUGUGACCAAGAAAUAGAAAAUUUGAAGCAUCAAUUAAAGAAUUAUUCAACUGAAUUUUCCUCUGAAAACCUGUCUGCUGACCAAGCCACCACCUUGCCACAGGUAGAGAGAGAAGUAGACUGUAUAAAAGAACAGAUCCUGGGCUUGAAUCAGAAAAAAGAAGACUUGUUGAUGGGCUUGAAGACAACAGUCCUGGCUCUCCAUCAGCAUUUGCAGCAAGAAAAACAAGAAUUAGAAAAGGCAGAGGAAUCUGGAGUGGCUGAGGGGGACGUUUCUGAAUGGAAACCGAAAAGGAAAGGAUCCAUGUUUCUCCCACCAUCAAUCAUUGAAGAGACAGAAGAAAGUUCACAGAAAAGCGAAAAUGGAGAUGAGGGAGCAGAGUCAGCUUCUAGUCCUUGCUCGUUACACUGGGGACAUGAGAGAAACAAAGAAGACGACGGAGCCUCCUCUUCCUCUGGAACACUCAUACAGGAGGCAGAUGGGCGAAUUAGCACAUAUGAUGGAUGCAAUACUCAAACAGUUGCUCCAAAUCCAUUGAAAAAUGAGCAAGAUCUAGACUCCUCUCCAAGCCAUAUCCAGCGCACAGUGGGCGAUUCGGCUUUCACUGGAGCCCCUGCUCAGAGCUCUGCACAACAAGGAUCUUUGGAGGAAACCGUGGCGAGUUCCAGGCCAGAGUCUGUGGAGAUCCUCCAUGUCUGCCAGAAACGUGCUGAGCUGGAGCUGUGGCUUAACAGAGCUCACCUCUCAUUCAGUGAUGAAACACUAACCCCAGAAAUGCAGCAGAUGGUGGAACAGGAGCUAGCUGGUUGUCAGGCCAUGUUAACAGAGAUUGAGCACAAGGUGUCUUCCUUACUGGAGAAUUGCAAAGAUCAGGGUCUGGGAAAUAGUGGAAGCACCCAUCAAGAGGCAGAAGUACUUUCCUUGAAACUAAAAGCUGUGAAGUGUAAUUUGGAAAAAGUCCAGGUGAUGCUUCAGGACAAAUACAGCGAAGGGCAGCGAAGUAGCACUCUAAAGAAACCUUCAGAGGAUCAAAAAGUCCUCCAGUCAGACAGGUCACCUGUGUUUGAAUCUAUUUCAUUUGAAAGCCCACUCUUCGGCCGACGAAAAGGUUUCCAACAACAGGCCUCAGAAUUAAAACCAGGUGAACAGAAGGAUCUCUUCAGGUUCAUUGAAAUCCAUGCUGAGAAAAUGUGGCCUCAGCAGGACCAAAGGGAUGAUGGUAAAACCCAGGAAUCACUUCUAAGCCCUGGAGUGUCGCACACUAGAAGUGAGUCCCCAGAAUCAUUUCUACCAUCUCAGGAGCAAAGUGAAGAUAAGUGGCAAUAUUUGCUUCAGGAGCUGUCAAAGGAGAAGCUGCCUCCACCUCAGCCUGUAGAUGAUCAGAUUGCUGCAAAUGUGAAUUUUCUCCCAAUGGUGCUUAUGCAUAAUGUUAGCUCACCAACAGUUGAAGAAUUGAAAACUUACACUUCUCAACUUGAGGACUUAAGCCAAGAAGCAAAUGUUCUUCUCACUCAGGAAAACCUGACAAGUGAAUCCUCCCUAAAUCUAGAUAAAAAAAUAUUUGAUCUCCUUCUGAGUAUCAGUCAGUGUCUGAGCAUUGUGGGAGAAAUGCUCCAGACCUCCCACCUCUCUAGGGAGGACACUGCUGCACAGCAGGCCCACUACGAGACCCUGGCUCUAGAACUGCAAAAACUUCACUCGGCCGUAACUAACAGAAAGGAUGGUCUUUUGAAACUGAUAAGUCACCCUGGAAAAAACUCCAAUGUAUUCUUUGAGUGCUUUGAAAACCUGCAAACACAACUUGAGCAAACUCAGACUGCAACUGCUUCUAGAAGUCAAUCCAUGAAAUCUGGGAUAGACCAUAAUAGUGAUUAUCAGAGUCAAGUAAGGCAGCUGUAUGACCAACUAAUUGAAAAAAAAUCCUCAAUACAGCACUCCUUGAAUGAAAUUAGUAGUCAAAGUGUUGUUGAACAACUCCAGAAAAUAGAUUUGUAUGCUGUAAAACUUCAAGACUGUGAACUCCAGGUAGCGAAAUUGAGAGAUGAAGGUGAAAGACUUUACUUACCUUAUAUUUUAAUCCAAGAUGUGUACAAAUUGGAGGAUGUCCUUGAUGACAUGUGGGGACUUCUAAGAGCCAAGCAUGCUGAGCUCAGCAGCCCUUUCAUCAGUGAAAACCAACAAGAAGCAUUGCUUCGAGGACUGGCAGAACUAGUGAAUAUUGGAAAAGAAAAGCUUGGUCAGAACCCACAGCAACAAGCCAGAAGUAAAGCUUCUCUACAGGCUCAGCUGCAAAACCACAAGAUUUUUUUCCAGAAGCUUGUUGCUGAUGUCUUUCUGAUCCAAGAAUACUCUAAAAAAGCGCUGCCUUCUUUAUUACAAAAUAAAGAGAAGUUUUGGGCGGAGAAGAUAAAAGAAGUAAAAUUGCUGGAGCAACAAGCUUAUCAAUAUGGCACAAAACUGGAGAGUUUGUUGCAGGAAUGGAAAGAAUUUGAUGAAAACUAUGAAUUCCUUGAAAAAGACCUGGAAAUUCUUGGAUCUUCUCUGCCUUCCAUGAGUUUAGUGGAAGAGACAGAGGAAAGAUUAAUAGAAAGGAUUUCAUUUUAUCAGCCGUAUGUAGUCUGGCUUCAGCACAGUACUGUAAAUGUUAUUAUUUAUAAUAGCAAAUCAAAAGGAAUAGAUGAAAAGCAUACCAAACUUUACCAGACUAUGAACGAAGGCAAACACCUAGCGACCGCUGUGAGUUGUCCUGAGCUGGAAAGCCAGAUUGCAAAGCUAGAAGAACAAUGGUUGGCUUUAAACAAAAAAGUGGACCAUGAACUACACAGACUUCAAACCCUUCUCAAGCAUCUGGUCAGUUAUAACAAGGACUCGGAUGAAUUAACCAAGUGGUUAGAAUCUGCACAGCAAACUCUGAAUUACUGGAAGGAACAAUCUCUUAAUGUAUCUCAAGACUUGGAUACAAUUCGGAGCAACAUAAACGAUUUCUUUGAAUUUUCAAAGGAAGUGGAUGAAAAAUCUUCCUUGAAGACUUCUGUGAUUAGCACAGGAAACCAGCUUCUUCACUUGAAAGAAGCCGAUACCGCUACACUGAGAUCUUCUUUAGCGCAAUUCGAGCAAAAAUGGGCAACUCUGAUCACUCAGCUUCCAGAUAUCCAAGAAAAACUCCAUCAGCUUCAAAUGGAGAAAUUGCCAUCCCGUAAGGCAAUCACUGAAAUGAUUAACUGGAUGGACAGCAUAGAAAAGCAGAUAGCAGAUGAGGCCACUGUAGAUUCACCAAGUUCUGUAACUCAAGUGAAAAGUCUUCUUCAGAAGUACAAGGAAUCUAGGAUGGAAAUGAAUUACAAACAGUGGAUCAUUGAUUUUGUCAAUCAGUCACUGCUACAGCUAAGCACCAGCGAUGUAGAAAGUAAGCGUUAUGAAAGAACUGAAUUUGCAGAGCGCCUUGGAGAAAUGAAUCGUCAGUGGCAUAAGUUACAUGGGACACUAAACAGAAAGAUUCAACAUUUAGAACAACUUCUAGAGUCUAUCACUGAGAGUGAAAACAAAAUACAGACUUUGAGGAGUUGGAUGGAAGCCCAAGGAGAGAGACUAAAAACAUUACAAAAACCUGGAAGUGUAAUAUCGGUGAGGAAGACUCUGUUGGACUGUCAGGACUUAGAAAAUCACUUGGCAACUAAAUCCAGAACACUGGAUGAGCUAAAAGAGAAUUAUACGGCUUUGGAAAGUGGUCCAAUUGCCAGUGUCACGGACACUAUUUCUGGAAUUGAUGGUUUAUAUCAAAUGAGGAACAACAUUGUCAAUCAGGUCAACCAACUCAAGACCUCCAUGCAGUCAGUGUUACAGCAGGGAAAGAGUUAUGAUAAACUCUUUGAGGAAGUGAACAUGAUGACAAUCCGAUUCUGGUACUGUGUGGAGCACAGCAAGCCUGAUGUGUUAUCUCUCGAAGCUUUGAGAUGUCAAGUAAAGAACCUUCAGCUUCUUCAAGAUGAAGCAGAGAGCAGGGAAGGAAAUUGGAGCAAACUCCAGGAUGCUAUUCGUAAACUCAAAGACUAUUGUCCUUCGGUCACUGAGAUAAUUGAACAGAAGUGUCAAGAAGCACAUACAAGGUGGACUCGAGUGAAUCAUGAAAUUGCAGAUCAGUUACAAUCAGCCCAAAGUAUGUUACAGCUUUGGGAGUCUUACACUGUUGCUCAUGCUGAAGCAACAGCAAGGCUGAAACAGCUUGAAGAGAAGUCCAAACACAUUUUGAGCAUUAAUAUGUCUGGAGACAACCUGAGUGAGAUCCUAACCCGGGCACUAGAGGAUGCAAAGAACUUGCAGCAUGGCCUAGAGAACAUAAAAGAAACCUUUCUUCAGAAUUCAGCAGUCAUUGAGCCAAACCUAGAGCAAGCAGGUCCUGUUAAGCAAGAUGUUCUUUCUAAUCAAUCUUCUUCACUUCAGAGGAUUUCUUACCUGCAAAAAAUGCUGCUUAUGAAGUCCAAUGAGUUUGAGCAUAUUCUUUCCCAGCUGAAGGAUUUCAGGGACCAACUAGCGUCUUUGGAAGACAGUAUCAAGCAUCCAGUAGAGAGUUUGGACCUAAAGGGAAGAGAAGAAGAUCCGGAAUUCCUCCUGAAUCACAUGUUAGAAUUAACAGCACUGUCCCCUGACAUGGAACAUUUGAAUGAAGUGAGUUUCAAGCUGCCACUUAGUGACAUAGAUAUAAAGACAUUACAAAAUCUGAAUCGAAAGUGGAGUCAGGCAACUGCCACUGCUCUGGAGAAGUGCAGUGAACUUCAGGGAACUGGAUUCAGUGAAAAAUUCCUUCAUAAAUGUGAAAAGUGGAUACAGUUUUUGGAGAAGAUAGAAGAAUGUCUGAAAAUGAACUCGGCUGGCCAACUUGAGGAUCUUCUAGAGCAGCAGAAAACAUUUGAGAUGUUGCAAGCGGAGAUUUCUGUAAAUCAGCCAAUUGCUGAUUAUUUUGUCAGCCAGUCACUCCAACUUCUGGAUACACCAGAAAUAGAGAAGAGAAUGGAAUUUGUUGUGAAACUCACAAUGUUGAAAGAGCGGUGGCAAGAUGCUGCCCGGAGGGCUCAGCAGAGGAGGAUCACCAUCAAUGAGCUAGUGAAAGAAUGGCGACGCUUCAGUGCUUCUCUACAGAAUGUGACCCACUUCCUCACCGAUACUGACCAUUUCCUGUCUGCAGUUAAGAGCCAAGAUUCUUAUGGUCUUUGCCAAAUCAGAAGUCUUAUUCACGAUCUAAAGAACAAAGAAGUACUUCUUCAAAGGCAGCAAACUACCUGUGCACUCACCUUAGAAGCAGGGAGAAAGUUACUGACAAUAGCUGAUCCAGAGACCAAGGAUUCCAUUGACAGAGAAAUCAGAAAAUUGCAGGAUACCUGGAGUAAUUGCCAACUUCAAGUAGCCGAGAUGACUAAAGAAUUCCAAAGCGCUACAGAGACCUGGGACCGAUGUGAAAAGCAAAUCAAGGAGCUGGAAAACCGACUGCAGACUUUAAAGGCAAAAAUUAAAGAUCCUCUCCCAGAACCAUAUGAAGAGCUCUAUAAAGAAAAGGAACUGAUUAAGGAACUGGAGAACUCCUUGGCAAACUGGGCUCAGAACUUGAAGGAACUUAAUAUCAUGAAGGCCGACAUAACCCGGUACAUUCUUGUGGAAGAUGUGAUGGUUUUGAAGGAGCAGAUAGACCAUUUGCACAGACAAUGGGAGGAGCUCUGUUUAAGAGUUUCAUUGCGUAAACAAGAGAUCGAGGAAAGACUCAAUUCCUGGAUUGUGUUCAAUGAAAAGAAUAAAGACUUAUGUGCAUGGCUGGUUCAGAUGGAAAACAAAGUUCUACAGACGGCAGACAUUAGUAUUGAAGAAAUGAUUGAAAGACUACAGAAGGACUGUAUGGAAGAAAUCAACCUGUUUAGUGAAAAUAAACUCCAUUUGAAGCAAAUGGGCGAUCAGUUGAUCAAAGCCAGCAAUAAGAGCAGAGUUGCUGAAAUAGAUGAUAAGCUCAGCAAAAUUAAUGAUCGCUGGCAACAUCUCUUUGACGUCAUUGGAUCAAGGGUGAAGAAGCUGAAGGAGACCUUUGCUUUUAUACAGCAGUUAGACAAAAAUAUGAGCAACCUUCGAAGCUGGUUGGCUCGAAUUGAGUCCGAGCUUUCUAAACCUGUCGUUUAUGACAUCUGUGAUGAUCAAGAAAUCCAGAAGAGACUUGCCGAACAGCAGGAUCUGCAACGAGAUAUUGAACAGCACAGUGCAGGGGUAGAGUCUGUAUUUAAUAUAUGUGAUGUCCUUUUACAUGACUCUGAUGCCUGUGCCAAUGAGACAGAGUGUGAUUCAAUACAACAGACAACUAGAAGCCUAGACAGACGGUGGCGAAAUAUUUGUGCCAUGUCAAUGGAGCGGCGAAUGAAGAUUGAAGAAACAUGGAGACUCUGGCAGAAGUUUCUGGAUGAUUAUUCCCGCUUUGAAGACUGGCUGAAGUCAGCAGAGAAAACAGCAGCCUAUCCAAAUUCAUCAGAGGUGUUAUACACAAAUGCUAAGGAAGAGCUGAAGAAGUUUGAGGCUUUUCAGUGGCAGAUUCACGAGAGACUCACUCAGUUGGAGCUUAUCAAUAAGCAGUAUAGGCGACUUGCUCGAGAGAACCGCACAGAUACCGCCAGCAAACUGAAGCAGAUGGUUCAUGAAGGCAAUCAGCGUUGGGACAACCUCCAAAGACGAGUCACAGCUAUUCUACGGAGACUCAAGCACUUUACCAAUCAAAGGGAAGAAUUUGAAGGGACCCGGGAGAGCAUUCUGGUGUGGCUCACCGAAAUGGACCUGCAGCUGACAAACGUGGAGCAUUUCUCUGAGAGCGAUAUGGAUGACAAAAUGCGCCAGCUACAUGGUUUCCAACAGGAAAUUACAUUAAAUACCAACAAGAUUGACCAGUUAAUUGUAUUUGGAGAGCAGCUGAUUCAAAAGAGUGAGCCAAUGGAUGCGGUAUUGAUUGAAGACGAGUUAGAAGAGCUUCACCGGUACUGCCAAGAAGUGUUUGGUCGAGUGGCCCGAUUUCACCGGCGGCUGACCUCUCACCAUCCAGGAUUGGAAGAUGAAAAAGAAGCCUCUGAAAAUGAAACAGAUGUGGAAGAUUCAAGAGAAAUACAAAGUGACUCUUGGCAUAAAAAGGAGGUGAAUGAGGGACCAUCAUCCCCUCAGUCCCUUUGUCACCUUAUGCCUCCCCCACUGGGUCAUGAGCGGUCAGGCUGUGAGACCCCCGUCAGUGUGGACUCUAUUCCACUUGAAUGGGAUCACACAGGUGAUGUGGGGGGCUCUUCCUCUCAUGAAGAUGAUGAAGAAGGACCAUACUACAGUGCUGUGUCAGAUGUAGAAAUCACUGAAAAUCCUGAGGCAUAUCUUAAAAUGACCACAAAAACUUUGAAAGCAUCUUCUGGUAAAUCCAUUUCUGAGGCUCAUGGAUGGCAUACCCCUGACAGCCCUACUCAUCAAACGCAUCGCUACAAACAAACUGAAGUUGAUAGGAGUGUACUGCCAAUCGCUCCUGAAAUGAGCACCCCAUACAAUUCAGAAUAUGUUAAACAGCUUAUAUGUCCUGGCACGGAUAGUGUGGACAACGGGAGAGAAGGCCCUGGAAUGCUAAAUGCUAGUGACCACGAAGGUCUUACAGAUACAGAACAGCAUGCAGGUGUGUUUGACAGUUGGGAGCUCAUUCAAGCCCAAGAUCUUCGCAAUAAACUUAGAACAAAACAAAACUUGAAGCAGUGGCAGCAGCUGGACUCGGAUAUCAAUGAUGUCACCCUCUGGCUGAAAGGAACAGAAGCUGAGCUGGAAGAGCUAGAGGUGGUGAAGCCUGCGGCUGACAUCCAGGAAAUGGAGCUCAGAGUCAAGAAAUUAAAAGAUAUACUAAAAGCCUUUGAUAACUACAAGGCAUUAGUGAUCUCCAUCAACUUGAGCAGCAAGAAAUCCCAGCAGCCAGAUAAUACUGAAUCUAAGGAACUCCAGAACAGACUCCGGCAGCUGAAUUUGCUCUGGGAAAAGGCAAAUCAUUUGUUGGACAGCUGGAGAGAGAGCUUGCAGCAUUCCCUCAUGCAAUGCCAGGACUUUCAUCAGUUGAGUCAGUCCCUCCUGUUGUGGCUGGCAAGUGCAGAAAAUCGGAGAUGUAAGGCCCAAGUUGUGGAUCCAAAUGCAGAUCCCCAUACCAUCCUGGAAUGCCAGAAAGAGCUGAUGCAACUGGAAAAGGAGCUGUUGGAGCACCAGCUUCAAGUAAGCUCUCUCCAGGAGAUCUCAAAGUACCUACUUGCUAAGGGAGAUGGAGAAGAUUAUAUUGAAGCUGAUGAAAAGGUUCAUGUCAUUGGGAAGAAAUUCAACCAGCUAUUGGACCAAGUUUCUCAAGAUUUAGAAUCUUUGCAAGGAAGCCAGGAUGAGGAUACAACAUUGACAGCUUUUGACAAUGUAGACAGUAGUGGCCAUCAUCUGUCAUCGAAGUCCGUGCCUGCUGAACAAGAAAAGGUUGGAGCAGUGGGAAUUACAGAAGAAAAGAGCAAGACAAACAGCAGAGUGGAACAUCUCUCUGACCCUGCCUCAACUCUGACCAGCUCUGGGCCCCGAUCUUUCCUGUACCGGGUGUUUAGAGCAGCUCUGCCCCUCCAAUUGUUUUUCCUCCUCUUAUUGCUUCUGGCUUGCAUGAUCCCCUCUUCAGAGGAAGAUUACAGUUGCACCCAAGCCAACAAUUUUGCUCGAUCAUUCUAUCCUAUGCUGAGGUACACCAAUGGGCCCCCACCGACCUAAAGUGGGUGCAUGCUAGGGUGCAUCCUAAAACAACACAUUCAGCGUGGGUGCUCAAGCCUUGGGGGCCAUAGUGCUUGCAAUUCCAAUGUAAGUAGCUUUUUCAUUAGGCACCAUCAGCUGAUGUUCGUGUGCCACGAAUUGGAGUCUGCCUCUCUGGGGAAUGCUGGAGCCACUGUGGCUGGGAUGGAAGGAUGUGUGUGGUUCAUGGCAAGUGACACACAGUCCAAGGGUGUUAGGUUACAUGACAUUCUUCCACUGGGGUGAGGACCUGCUCAGACCUCAGAGCACCAGUUGCUCUGUGAGUGACCUUAGUUGCUUUGGCAAAACUCAAUGGUUUCUGUUCACGUUUAGCCUUCUAAAACUGUGUGCAGAAGAGCCUAGCAUUUUUGUGGAUGCUGACUUUUUUAUUUCCAAAACUCCUAAGAUGAGUUUACAGAAGGGACAAUAGUUAUCCCACGUAGCCAACAGUUAUUGAAUAGUAGUAUUCACUACAGUAUGUACAGUAAAAGUAAAUAGCUUAGGGAAUAAAAUGUCCCUUAAUGGUUCAAAACCUCUCAUGCACACUUUGUGAUAAAACUGAUAGACACAAUCACAUCUGAAAUGUUUAGCACAAAAUUGCUGGAGAACCAGAAUAUGAUGAAAUUUGAUACUAGUCAGUUCUAAAUGUAAAGUGUCUUGUAUUUGUCUGCUGGGUCUGCCUUUUUUAUAUGUAGUUGGAAAAGUGGUUUUUUUUUAAAAAUUAUUCUAUUGCAUGGAUGUGGUUUCAUAUUGUGCAUAUUUUUGAAAUUAUUUCUCUAAAUUACCGUAUGAAUACAAAUUAAUAAUGUAAACUUCGAUUUUUUAAAAUCUGGGCUUUUAGCUUGAGCUUUUGACUAAUGUACAGUGAAUGCCAAAAGACCGACAGAUAUGUUUUUUAUAAGUUAACUUUGUAAGAUUUUUCACACUUUAUAAAGUGAUGCUGCAGGGUCUCUCUCUCUCUCUCUCUCUCUCUCUUUUUUGUUAAAUUGUAUAGUCAAGUGGGUUGGUACAGAAACAUGAAGCUAGUUGUGACAUGUACUCUUCCAGUGUGGUGGUGUUUUUCUCAUUAAAAAGAAAUCUGCCCUCUUUGCAACACUGAA